UGCCAAAGCAGCAGCAGCGGCCAGUGGACCAUCAGCCGUUAGACGCAGCGAGCGACUGACUGCUGUUCACAACAAGAAGGCUGGUAACGUGGAGUGGAGUCGAGUUGAGUUGUGGAGUUUAGGAGUUGAAUUGAAGGGUUUCUCCUCUCCGACAGUGAUGAACACCACCUCGGUUUGAAGCAGACGGAGUGGCAGCAAGAAGAAGAUGAACCUGUGUGUUGUCAGUCUUCUCCUCCUCACUCUGGAUCUAGCCACCGUGGCGCUCAGUCUGUCCACAUGCAGCACGCUGGACAUGGAUCAGUUCAAGAAGAAGCGCAUCGAGGCGAUCCGAGGGCAGAUCCUGAGCAAGCUGAAGCUGCCUGGUCCACCGGAGGACUUCCCGGAGCCGGAGGAGGUGAACCGGGACAUCGUGGCCAUCUACAACAGCACCCGGGACCUGCUGCAGGAGAAGGCCAACGAGCGGGCGGCGACGUGCGAGCGGCAGCGCAGCGAGGAGGAGUACUAUGCCAAGGAGGUGCACAAGAUCGACAUGCAGCCUUUCUACCCGGCAGAGAAUGUCAUCUCUCGAAGGAGAGACGACUUCAACCCUUACUUCAGGCGGCUAACGUUUGACGUGUCUUCCAUGGAAACGAACGCCUCGAACCUGGUGAAGGCUGAGCUCAGGAUCUUCCGUCUUCAAAACCACGGGGCCCGAGUGUCCGAGCAGCGCAUCGAACUCUACCAGAUUUUAGGACACAAAGACCUGACGUCCCCAACACAGCGAUAUAUUGACAGCAAGGUGGUACAAACACAGACGGAGGGAGAGUGGCUGUCCUUUGACGUGACAGAGGCAGUGAAUGAAUGGCUAAACCACAGAGACAGAAACAGUGGAUUCAAGAUCAGCCUGCACUGCCCGUGCUGCACGUUUGUACCAUCAAAUAACUACAUUAUUCCCAACAAGAGUGAGGAGCUGGAGGCACGGUUUGCAGGUAUUGAUGACAGCUUCAUCCAUGCCGUUGACCUGAAGAUGUUUAAGAAGCGGCGGCACAGCACUCGGGCUCCACACCUUCUCCUCAUGCUGCUGCCUUCGUACCGGCUGGAGUCCCAGUCCCAGUCCCAGUCCCAGUCCCAGUCCCAGUCCCAGUCCCAGUCCCAGCACACAAACCAUCGAUCUAAGAGAGCCCUGGAUGCUGCCUACUGCUCCAGAAACGUUCAGGACAACUGCUGUUUACGGUCACUCUACAUCGAUUUUAAGAAGGACCUGGGCUGGAGAUGGAUCCACGAGCCAAAGGGCUAUGAGGCCAACUUCUGUGCCGGGGCCUGUCCAUAUCUGUGGAGUGCCGACACCCAGCAUUCCAAGGUGUUAGGCCUGUAUAACACCAUCAACCCUGAAGCUUCGGCGUCGCCCUGCUGCGUCUCCCAGGACUUGGAGCCCCUCACCAUCCUCUACUACAUUGGCAAGACCCCCAAAAUAGAGCAGCUCUCCAACAUGAAGGUCAAGUCCUGCAAGUGCAGCUAGACGCCCUUACAAGCCAGCAUAAACAGUCGCUCUCUUUCCUUCCUUCACACAAACACAGACACACGCACACACAUACAGUGGAUUUGCGCAUACAUACAGUCAAACAGCAACUAUACUUUCUCUUACAUGCUCGAUUACACUCACAGCAGUGUGUGCUGCAGACUGGAGGUACAGACCAAUUCAAUGCAUACACAACAUACAGGAACAGUGUCGUCCAACCAGAAACUUGACUUUGAUACCAAUGCUGAGUAUCAUGAGUACAGUGUUGUAUUGCAGUGUUUGGUUGACAUAGGUUCACACUGCCUAAUGACAAGCAGACUGGGGCUUGUGUGCAGAGCUUUUCUUGAUGAACACGAGAGACUUUAAUUUGUUGUGUAAAGUUUGGCUUUCCGAGCAUCAGGAGCUGAUGGCUAUCCAAUGUCAACAUGCAGCUUUUUAUACCUAUUAAACCUUCUUCACCUCGAGGAGUACCAGUGCAGUUAUUUGGUGCUACACAAGUCUGAAUGAAUGACACUGUGUAAGUGACGUUACAUUGUUCUAAUGUGGCCAAGUAUUACCAGAUGCCCGAACCACCUCAGCUGGCUCCUUUCAACGCAAAGGAGCAGCGGCUCUACUCCGAAUCCCUCACGGAUGACUGAGCUUCUCACCCUAUCUCUAAGGGAGACGCCAGCCACCCUC